AUGGAUGACCCUUACCAAAACAAUAUAAACCAGCAGGGAGAAGCAUAUCCAACAUAUGGAGAAGGAGGAGAAUACACUUAUCCCUAUCAAACAGACUAUCCACGCCAGGAGGAUGAUGAUGCUGCUAGUGAUGCCACCGAAGGCCAUGAUGAGGACGAUCAGAUGUACGAGGGGGAGUACCAGGGUGUCCCACAUCCAGAUGAGAUCAAGGAGGCGCGGAGAGCAGCCCGAAGGGAGGCCCGGAUGAAGGCCAGGAUGGCAGCAGAGGUGGAAGAGGAAACGUUGCCAGAUCAGUAUGAAAGCAUCAUGGAGGACUGCGGUCACGGACGCUUCCAGUGGACCCUCUUCACGGUGCUGGGUUUGGCCCUGAUGGCUGACGGUGUAGAGUGCUUCGUAGUGAGUUUCGCCCUGCCUAGUGCUGAGAAAGACAUGUGCCUGUCCAAUGCAGACAAGGGCAUGCUGGGUUUGAUAGUGUACGUGGGGAUGAUGAUCGGUGCUGUUGUUUGGGGCGGUCUGGCUGAUAAACUGGGCAGAAAACAGUGUUUACUCUAUGCUCUGGCCAUCAACUGCAUCUUCUCCUUCCUGUCUUGUUUUGCACAAGGCUACGGCUUCUUCAUUUUCUUCAGACUCUGUUCAGGGAUCGGCAUUGGCGGGUCAAUCCCAGUCGUGUACACGUAUUACGCAGAGUUUCUACAGAUGGACAAGAGAGGCGAACACCUCAGCUGGCUGUGCUUGUUCUGGAUGCUAGGAGGACUGUACGCUUCCUUCACUGCAUGGGGAAUCAUCCCACAUUACGGCUGGGGGUUCAGUAUGGGCACCGAGUUCCAGUUCCACAGUUGGAGGGUGUUUGUUCUGGUUUGUUUCCUUCCCUCUGUGGCUGCUCUCGCUGGGCUGGUGUUCAUGCCAGAGAGUCCCCGUUUCCUUCUGGAGACUGCAAGACAUGAUGAGGCCUGGAUGAUUCUGAGGCGGGUCCACGACACCAACUGGAGAGCCAAAGGAGAGCCAGAAAGAGUCUUUCAAGUCUCUCAGAUUAAAACACCUCAAACACAGGAUGACGAGUUCAUUGAGAUUCAGAGUGACACUGGCACAGCCUUCCAGAGAUUCAUGGUCAGACAGAUGACCCUGGUUAAGCAGGUGAUGAAGAACAUGUUGUCACUGGCUGCCCCUGAUGUCAGACUCCAUGGUUUGUUCAUUGCCAUUGUGUGGUUUACUAUGGCCUUCAGUUAUUAUGGCCUGGGUACAUGGUUUCCAGACCAGAUCAAGUAUCUCCAGUUUGAAGAGUACGAGUCCAACGUCAAGAUCUUCCACCGCGAGAGGGUCGAACGCUUUCAUUUCAACUUCACUCUGCAAAAUCAGCUCCACAAAGAGGGGGAAUAUGUUCACGACAGGUUUAUCAACAUCGAGAUAAGAAAUGUGAAGUUCGAGAAUUCCCUCUUUGAGAAUUGUUAUUUUGAGGACAUCAAAUCAACAGAGACCUUCUUCGAGAACUGCACCCUGAAAAACACAGUCUUCUAUAAUACCGACCUGUGGGAAGAUUCCAAAUUCAUUAACUGUAACCUGGAGAACACAACGUUUUUGCACCCCAAAAAAGGCUGCCAUCUUAAUUUCCAGGAGGAAAAUGACAUCCUGAUCUAUCUAGACAGCUUCCUGGGCAGUUUGUCUGUAAUACCAGGCAACAUCUUAGCAGGUCUAUUGAUGGAUAAAAUAGGACGACUUAAAAUUAUAGGUGGAUCCAUGUUAGGCUCUGCCGUCUGCACAUUCUUCCUGCUCCUGUGCUUCAGUCAGUGGGCUGUGGUUCUGUUCCAGUGCCUCUUCUUCGCAGCCGGAGCUGCAGCUUGGAACGGCAUCGAGGUCGUUACAGUGGAGCUCUACCCUGCCUCAAAAAGAGCCACAGCUUUCGGUGUGCUGAACGGCACAUGCAAACUGGCAGCUAUCAUUAGCAGUUUCAUCUUUGGCAAGUUCAUUGGCAUCACCAAGAUUAUCCCGAUAAUCUUGUCCUUCUCAGCGCUGGUCUGCGGAGGACUCCUAGCAUUCAAGCUACCCGAGACUCGAGAGGUCAUUCUUCAGUGA